CACAAAGCUCCCUUCCUCUCUCUCGUACGUGACGAAAUGGCGAACGCAGCCUCGGGAAUCGCUGUGGACGAUAAUUGUAAGGCCAAGUUCUUGGAGCUGAAAGCAAAGAGGAACUACAGGUACAUUGUGUUCAAAAUAGAGGACGCGACUCAGCAGGUUGUGGUCGACAAGCUGGGCCAACCGGACGACAAAUAUGAAGACCUAAUCGCCAGCAUGCCCACCAACGAGUGCCGUUAUGCCGUCUUCGAUCUCGAUUUCACCACCAAUGAGAACUGCAACAAGAGCAAGAUCGUCUUCAUUGCAUGGUCUCCGGAUACGUCGAGGGUUCGGAGCAAGAUGGUGUAUGCAAGCUCUAAAGACAGGUUCAGGAAGGAGCUGGAUGGUGUUCAAGUCGAGUUGCAAGCCACUGAUCUGAGUGAAAUGAGCUAUGACAUCGUCAAGGAACGAGCCAUAUCUCAUUGAACCGGUUUUAUCGAGUCUAAUUCUUCAAUCGGACAAGAAUUUGGUUGGGUUUUUUUUAUUUAAGUACGAAAUUU